UGUAUGUAUAGAUGAAAUACACUGAGAUAGAAGACAGGACACUUACUAGAUCUACUGUACUGUAGACCUAAAUCACCCAAAAGACCUACGCCCAAACGCCUCAUACACAGGUUGUCCUAUCGAUACUGAGGAGAAUGAAGACCCCCCUAUGGGCCCUGUUGCUGCUGUGUCUCUGUGUUCCGGGACACUGUAGUGACUGCCAGGAGGACUGCCUGGCCUGUAGCCACAUCCUACCCCAGGAGAUCAACUUUAACACACUGGUAUGUCUGGUGGAGUGUGACAGUAACGUCUCCCCUGCCUUCAUUUGGGACCUGUGUCGCAAGGUCUUGGCACCGCCACAGUUACCAUUCCUGUCCAUAGGGGGCGCUGACAUGCUGAAACGGGCCCAGGAGGAGGUGGAGGCCAUGCUGCCAGAGGAAGAAGAGGAACAGGGGGAUGAGGGGCUGAUGUACCCAGCAGCCCUGCAGAGGUUUGACCACGUGGCCCGUGCUCUGGGGACAGACGAGCUGGGCAGUGAGAGACAGCUAACCCUCGCCGAUGCUGCCUACAACUCCCAGCUGCCCCGGGAAAUGGAGGAAAUGGACGAGGAAGAGGGGGAUAGCGCGACAGAGAAAGAGCAGGACGGAGCGGCAGGGAUAAGUCUGUCAAAGCGCUUUGGGGGGUUCCUGAAGGGAAGGCACGGCUACAGGAAAUUGAUGGGCCCUGGAAGGCCCUUGCAGAAGCGCUACGGUGGGUUCAUAGGCGUCCGGAAAUCUGCCCGCAAGUGGAACAACCAGAAACGCUUCAGUGAGUUCCUGAAGCAGUACCUGGGCAUGAGCACCCGAGCCAGCAAGUCCUACAACAGCUACUCCACUGACAUCACCCAACAGAACGAGGUGUAGCCAUGCCCAAAGCAACCGUAUCCCUGCCAUAACCUAGCAAACCCCAGACCCUCCCCUAAAUAUUCAAAUCCGUCACCACGGUGAUGAUUAAACUUCUGUUCUGAACACAACCUCUCAUGAAAAUCCACACUGGAGCAUUAUAGAUUCAGUCUUGUAUAUUUCUCAUUGAUAGCGAUAUCAACAUAUCAUGAAUAAAAGCUAAAAAAAACAAAAAUUGUAAAAAAUACAAUGUAUACAGCUAUUAAUGGUUUAUCAGAGAAUCACUCUGGAUUAUUAUUAUAGUCACACAAACACACUUUAUUUGCUUUGCAUUUCCAUACUGUAUCUGUAAUGUAACUUUUCAAACAAAUUUUGCCUUCAUCAAUCUUGGCUAUUAGUAUUACAUGGGUAAAUUCAGUGGAAACUUCAUCGAUUUCAAUGACUUACUAGUGAAGUUUUCAUUGAUUUUCUGAACCAUCCACAAAGUUUCUAAACCCAGAGCCGCAACAUCGCGAGACUUCGGUAAACACUUUCGAAACAGACCAAGCAGACCAAGGUUUGGGGUUUGAGAAGUCAAUAAUGAGAUAAGUGAAAAAUGAUUCCUUAGAUGUUCAUUUAAACACUCUAAAGGCACAACCUAGAUUCGAGCCAAUGUCAUAAGUAGUUGAACAUGCUAUUACUCCAACCUCGUAAAAGUGACAAACUGGCACGUUUUUAUUUUCGUCAAAAACAACUGUAUAUCGAAGGAGUGCCUUUAAUUUGACAGGUUGCACAUGCGCAGUUCUGCGCGAGACGACCGUUAGACCCGAUGACGUGUUUCUACGCCGGAGUUUAGCUAGCCAACGUCGCCAUGACAUCGCCUACAAGCGUUAUCGUCGAUGUCUUGGAGAAGCAGUUUCUGCCUAUCGAUAGGCUACUGUACUGCCUUUGGUACAUCAGUACAUGAGAGAGAGGGAGACUGUCUUUGGCGGAUCAGGGCGUCACUCUCUUUAUAGUGCUACCCUCUAGUGGCUGACCAAAAAUGAUCUUUCAGAUUUCCAAUUGAAAAUGUGCUAGUAUACGUUCAUGACUAUUUGAUAUAUAACACAAACUCAGUAUUGGGUGUGUGGAUGGCUCAAUCUGUAACCUAUUGACAUGUUCAGAACUUCUUAAUAUUCUCUAAAUAUUCUCCAAACUUCAAUAUCAACCCUGAUAGUGUCUACUAUAAUUUGGUACAAAACAUCACAACAAACUAUUCCUACUGUAUAAGACUGCAGGAGGUUAUCCAUGCUCAAAUACAAAUGAUCUGUUGGCAAAGCUAAUGUUCUGAUUUGAAAUUAACCUUGGCGUGUGUUUGUUGAAGCAGACACAAGAUGUAGCCUACUGUAUGUAUGAACAGUGUUCUUUUUCGUUACAUUGUUAUUAUGUGAAACAAUUUUGUUGUGCAGUAUAAAACCUGUAAAUAGCAGAAAUUGAACAUAUCAAUAAAGAUAGUUUACUAUUUCUUUUGUGGCUUGUCAUGCAGCAAAUGAUUCUGUGUCUUGAGGUGUUUUGUUCCAAUGUUCUAGAAUGUUCACAAGAUGAUGACAUCAGUUUAUACUGUAUCAAUCCCACAACACCCCAUUUAUUACACAGAACAUUUCCAGACCAAUAUUGUCUUGUAUAAUAAUAAUCAUUAUCAUCAUCAUGUUCUCUUGAAUAAAAUCUCCUGUAUAGAUACAGGCUCAUAAGCCAAAAUGUAAAGCCUAGAAUAGUUUCUGUCACAUAUUUUGGAGCAUAUUUAAAUAUAACUUUACAUCUAACUUAAAAGGCCCAGGACACCAUUUUUUAAAAACACUACAAAAUAGAAGACUACUUUCGACAGGAUAAAUCUUUAUCAAGUAUAUUUCAACAUCAAAAAGACAAAAACAUUUCAGAUUCCAUAUAAAAUGAGUGCAUCAUAAUACAAAUAGUACUUUAUUCAACAGUUGUUUUUUCUCUAAGUACAUACAUAGGACAAUAUAUAUAAAUACAAUUGUUUAGUUUUUUUGCUUCUGUGGAUUCAUUGGCUUACUGCAAGGAAACAUGAGUUUCAAUAAACAAUCAUGAAUAUAUUUUGGGUCUUAACAUAUGAAACAUCUGUUUAUGCCGAACGUUCAUUAAAGGCUUUUUCAACAGAGAUGUAUGCAUGUUCAUUUACAAUAGGUGGUAGAGUGACAAGGGUUUGGGUUAGGGCCACAAUGCCCCCGAGCAGCAUAUCAUUUUAAAAUAAGCCUAACUUAGCCUGUUAAAUGCAUUCAGACUCAAUGCUGGCACCAUAUUUAAGAUAUUAUUAUUGGUACUAUGUGGUACAUUCCACAUCUAACCAGGAACCGCGAUAAUUAAAUUAAAUUAGUGUAUCGCCACUAAUGAGAGCGGUAUGGGUUAUUGGCCAUCCAAGUAUAUGACAAAUGUACGGAGAUAGAUUCCUGCCCAAAUAUAUUAUACAAAUGUUUAAUUUUAUUACAAUGAUGUAAGACACAACCUGCCAAUGACCUCCAUGUUGUAAAAGGACCCAAUCCUUCCAUGUCCUAUUCUGUCAUAGUGUCUCUUUAACAAUAAACUACAGUGCUUAAAAUUAUAUCUGUUAGUGUAACUAAAGCCUGUUACUUGGCUAUAUUAUAGACCAUCCCCCCCCCCCCC